AUGCCUACAAAAAGUGUUAUUUAUCAUUCACAAACAUUUAGGUAUAUUAUAUCCAAUUCUAUGAGCAAAAUGUGCAUAACAAAAAAAAAUCCUAUCGGCAACUCUUUAGUUGCUACCCUAAUAUCCAAGUGUAACUGUAUAAAAGUAAAUGUGAAAACCCUAGUUCUUAACGUUAUGUUCAUAUUUAUACUAAUAUGGAAAUAUAAUUAUUACUACCCUGUAGACACACCUAUAAAUAUCCGAUUGUGUAAGCAAAAUAUGCCUCAAAUUUUAUCAAAACAACGAUUUCAAAGAAUCAUGGCAGAAUAUAAAAAAGAAACUGACAAAAAGGAUUCGAAUUCAGAGAAGAAAAAUAAAGAACAUAAUAAAUCUAACAUCAAAGCAGUCCAAUCAGAUGCUCUGCAUAUUAAGAACUUAAAAGACAUAUGUACACACAUAUCAGAAUCAUUGCAAAAUGUAGUUGAUGGGAUGGAAAAAAUGUAUAACGAAAAGAAAAAUAAUGUUAAAUCUAAGAACAAAGACGAAUUGAACGAACAAUGGAUUAUCUUUUUAGAACAUAUAUAUAAUACCAUAAAAUAUAAAUUAGAUUUAGUAGAUUCUUCUGAAUGUAAAAAUGAAAAAAAUGUGGAUGCACUGUCAUCCAUGCUUAGAACAGAUUUUGAUUUCUUAAUGGAUGAAUUUAGUGACAAACCAAAAAUUGUGAGAACAACAAUGAUACCUAAAGGGGACCUAUCAUGA